AUGAUCCACGCUACAUCGCCCUCAAGUACUCUCUGUGUACCACCAUUUGCCUCGCAUUUACCCCCCACAUUACAAGAGGGGUAUAACUUUUCUGAUAGUACGAUUAUUGCGAUUGCCGCACUUGAAUCGGAUGGAAGAGUUCCCGCUGCUUUCAACGCCUUUUGAAUGUUUCCCUCUUACGGUAGUAUUCCAUUGCACUUGGAUGGAAUGGACCGCUCCGCCGAAAG